AUGUACCUUGCUGUCUCCUUACCAACAGUGCUUGCAGCUUUCAUCAAUUGUUACAAUGUCAAAUUGGCUACAAGAGUGCAAACCUUCUUCACUGGGGCAAAGUUGCUGGCAAUCGUUAUUAUCGUGAUUGGGGGGAUUUACAAAAAGUGCCCCAACAAUUGGGUGACCGGACCGCAGUUUGGUGGACUGGGGAUUGGCAAGGCCAAAGACUGCCCUGGCUGGUGGUUAGACCAACCAGCGCUUGACAACCAGCGGAUGAGCGACCUUGAUUUGAACAGCUGA